AUGGAGCAGAGUAGCUCUUGCUUUGAGUCCGAAAUUGAUUUCUGCCCUGAAUGUGGUACUGUCCUGCCUCUUCCUGGAGUCCAAGAUACAGUGACAUGUCUCUGUUGUUCCUUCUCUGUUGAUGUACACGAAUUUGAAGGGAGGGUGAUCCACACAUCUGUCACAUUCAAUACGAUUGAUUCCACAUCUCUGAGGAAAGUGGAUGAAGGAAAAGAGGUCAAGGGACCUUUGCUUGACAGGAACUGUCCCCGGUGUGGGCAUGAAGGCAUGGUGUACCACACCCGGCAGAUGAGGUCAGCAGAUGAAGGACAGACGGUCUUCUACACCUGCCCCCGCUGCAAAUUCCAGGAGAAAGAAGACUCUUGAUCAGGAAGCACCUACGUCCA